CCCAGCCGCUGUCUAGUCUUCGGCUCCGCCACGGUCACUAUCAAGACCCUUCUGAUGUAGGCUGAGACAACGGAAGAGCCACGCAGACAUACUGUCUUCCAUUGUACAAAAAGCUUUGGAAAUGUUACAUUUUACCGUGGCGAAGAUCAAGAGAUAUGGAUUACAGUGGACGAUGGCGAACAACGCGACAGGCAAAUGUAUAUUUGUCGGAAAUAUUUAGUUAGUUUCAGUCUACCCGUGGUUUCUACAACCUGGAUUUGCCGUCGGGAACAAGAAAAAAAAAUUGGACUAUCGGAAAUCGCACUGGGAGGUCCCAAAUAACUGGUUAAGCAAACUCUAAGGAAUUCCACUUUUUGAAGUGCGCGGUUGGGGACAAAGGCAAAAAAGCAAAGUUUUGUAAUUCGAUAUGAUAGCUGGCAAUCGCUCCUUCACCCCUCAACAUAUUUUUUCUUGUGUAUUUCUUGCUCUUCGCUUUUUCCUGCUAGAUAGACUCGGUCUAACUGGAAGACGAUAACCCACAACCUUAAAGGAAGCAGUCUAUUGCCUCUACACGAUAGCCUUUAGGCUACAAUCAAACUAAAGGCCUCUUUUGAUAAUCGUAACAUUUUUGUGUCCUACUGACUUUCGCCGAUUUUCAUUAGGAGUUACAUUAUUGAUAUUGAGUAUUUUUCUAUGCAUCAGUACUUUUGCAGUUAUGCCGUAUUGGGUAGUUCACAAAGGAGAUGUAAGCUCACUGUAGCUGCACACGACUGAAAGAAAACUUAACGAUUUUUUUUUUCUUCGCUACCAAGCCCAAAGAAAGCAGAUGUAGGAUGGCAGUUAAAGGCCGUGUAACAAUCCGUGAUCUCGGACUCUUUAUGAUGGUUCUGCUAAGCCCUGUCGCCGCGGCUCAAAGUGAGGAGCGAGAGUGUGCGUAUGCAGAGCAGCAGCAGGCUCUGGCCGAGCGGAUUGGUGGAGGCGGAGAGGGGCGUGUCUUUGUGGAAAACGCCACCAUUCGCUGCAGUCAGGGCGGGCGAUGUUUCGGCCUCUGGGAGAAAAACCAGUUUGGAGUCCGUCUUGUCAAACAAGGUUGCUGGACGAACAUUGAUGACCAGCAUGAGUGCCACGACGACCGUUGCCUGGUAACGAACACGCCCUCGCAGAUCCAAAACGGCAGCUACCGUUUCUGCUGCUGCAGUAGAGACAUGUGUAACCUCAACUUCACAGAGGACUUCCCCCCUCCCAGCCCCACCACUGCACAACCUCUCUACUCUCGCCAGCUCUACCAGGAGAAGGCCAUCGUCAUCGCCCUGGCAGCCGUUUCCGUGGUGGCUGUGCUGGUUGUGUUGCUCUUUUUCAGCUACCGGAUGCUCAGGGGGGAUAGGAAGCAGGGUCUCCAUAACAUGGACAUGCUAGAAGCUGCGUUUUCUCCACCAUCACUGGAUUUAGACAGUCUCAAGCUACUGGAGCUGAUUGGUCGAGGCCGGUACGGCGCCGUCUAUAGGGGUUCUCUGGACGAGCGGACGGUUGCCGUGAAACUGUUCUCCUGUGUGAACCGCCAACCUUUCGCCAACGAGCGCUCCAUCUACCGCCUCCUCCCGGAGCACGAGAACGUCGCCCGCUUCCUGGAGAGCGAGGAACGGGUGGGAGCAGACGGCCGAGCGGAGUAUCUGCUGCUCCUGGAAUUCUACCCUCAUGGCUCUCUGUGUACCUAUCUGAGUGGGAGGACAGUGGACUGGGUGAGCUGCUGUCGUUUGGUGCACUCAGUGACUCAAGGGCUGGCUUACUUACACACCGAACUCACCAGAGGAGAUCUGUAUAAGCCGGCGGUGUCCCACAGGGACUUGAACAGCCGGAACGUUCUGGUAAAAACAGAUGGAACAUGUGUGAUCAGCGAUUUUGGCCUGUCCAUGACACUGACAGGGAAACGUCAGCCAGGACACGGCGAGGAGGACAACAGAACCAUCAGCGAGGUUGGGACAGUGCGAUACAUGGCCCCUGAGGUGUUGGAAGGGGCUGUGAAUCUGAGGGACUGUGAGGCAGCGCUGAAACAGGUGGACGUCUACGCUCUGGGACUGCUGUACUGGGAAAGCUUCAUGCGAUGUGCUGACCUCUUCCCAGGUGAGGCAGUGCCGGAAUAUCAGCUGGCGUUUCAGGCAGAGUUGGGGAAUCACCCCACGAUUGAGGACAUGCAGGUGCUUGUGUCCCGUGAGAAACAGCGACCCAAAUUCCCCGAGGCGUGGAAGGAGAACAGUUUGGCGGUGCGUUCGCUGAAGGAGACAAUGGAAGACUGUUGGGACCAGGAUGCGGAGGCUCGUCUAACUGCUCAGUGCGCGGAGGAGAGAAUGGCCGAACUCCUCGUCAUCUGGGACCGUGACAAGACGGUCAGCCCGGCACUCAACCCCAGCACUGCCCUACACAACCACAGGAACUUGUCCCAUGGUCGGCAAACCUCCAAGGUUGGUCCUUUCUCAGACUACACCUCCUCCGCCACCACUGAGGAACGGGAGGGCGUGGCUAAGACCAUUCAGAACGACGCAUCCUCUGGCCCCUCCUCCACGGGCGGGGUUGGGCAGCCAGGGGGAGGAACCGGGGAGAAGAACCGAAACUGCAUCAACUACGAACGUCAGCAGGCCCAAGCCCGAAUGCCCAGCCCCGACAGCACCAGUGCCAGCCACUGCACCACCACCACCACCACCACUACGACUCUCUCUGACUCAUGCCCCACCAGUCAACCCCCGCCCCAGGGCGGAGGCCUGGUCUGCACCCAGCUUACCCAGGAGGACCUCGAGACGCCCAAGCUGGACCCCAGCGAGGUGGAGAGAAACUUGCGGGAGAGUUCUGACGAGAGUUUGAUGGAACAUUCUCAGAAGCAGUUCUGCUCUCCGGACUCAGCCGCCUCACGCAGUCCGUUCUAUCCGCUGAUGAAAAUGGCGUCCGAAGUCACCGGUUCGCAAGCGAACGGCCGCCCGGGAGACCCGACGGUAGUUUUUCCUCUACCGAAGCAGCAGAACCUCCCCAAACGACCAAGCAGCUUGACCCUCCACCCGAAGCCCUCUGGGAAGGUCUCUUCUUCUUCCUCCUCCUUGUCCUCCUCAUCCCUGAGGCUAAAGAAGUUUGCGAAGCUUGGCAAGUCCAAUUUGAAGAAGGUGGAGAUGGGUGUGGCCAAGUCCAAUGUCGUCGCCGUGGCGGCCGAGCCGCGCCUGGUCACGGUCACUAACAAUGACCCGGUAGCUUCUGUCCCUGCGGUAAACGCGAACGGAUACGUCGCCGACGCGUCCGCGUCCGCGUCCGUUUCGGCGGGGGGUGUCGUAAACGCCGCGGGGCCUCGUGGGACGGUUCCAGCCAGCUCGGAGGACUUGACGUUUGGCCUGCUGACGUCCAGUCCAGACGAACAAGAACCGCUGUUACGGAGGGAGGCCCAACCCAACAACGCCAACAACAACAACAGUAACAACAACAAUGGCGAGGGAGAGGGGGAAGGAGAGAAGGAGGGAGAAACAGGUGGAGGAGGAGAGAGUAGCGAGGGUAACCCAGGACAAACGAGCGAAGCCCCUUCCUCGUCUGCGGUCGAACCCCCCGAAUUGCUUCCUUCCUCGGCCCCAGACCUGGUUCCCCCUCGGCCGCAGGGGGAGGCCCUGCUACGUCAGCCCAGGGGCCGCCGGCCGGAGAGACCCAACUCGCUGGACCUGUCUGUCACUACGUUGUCCUCUAUGGGAGGUAGUCUAGACCAGGAGGGGAAGGAGGGAUCAGGGGACAAGAUUAAGAAACGAGUUAAGACGCCAUACGCCCUGAAGAAAUGGCGUCCCGCCACUUGGGUCAUCUCCACGGAUACGCUGGACGCUGAAGUCAAUAACAACAACAGCAGGUCCGGCGGCCUGGGCCUGAUCCAGAACCAGAGCCAAGGCCAAGGUGGUUCCGGACGCUCCAAAUCCGGCACGGCAGUUUACUUGGGCAGCCGGGGGGCGACCAUGACCUCCACCUUCGCCUCUCAAACCAGCGACCCUCACGGCUGUGACUUUUGAACUUUGACCUACCCCGAAGCGCCAGUUUUAACCCUCUACCCCCGCUUGUCUGCAAGCCCGCUCUCCUUGAUUUCAGCUGUUGGGCCAGGGCACUGGAAGUUUCUGGUGCACCCGUUCUGUGUGAAUUUGGGAUGAGCCGAAGCUUUGGUGGAUUUUGGAAGUUUUUGGACAUGCCUUUGAGUACGUGUGGGAGGUAGUGUUUAGGGGAGGUCUAAAACAUUUGGCUUUCAUUCCAAGAUGUCAAAAGCUGUAUCCCAUUUUUUCCUCUCGUAUAGUAUCUUACUAUCAUGACUCAAAAACAACAACAACAACAACAACAACAACAAAAAACACUUCAGGUGGUCUGGAAGAAAGUUCUGAAAGGUUCUUUAUGGCCUUUCACUGAGACUUUGACCCUCAUCUUACAUAGUUUGAUAGAAUGGCUUUAAACUGAAUA